AUGGGGUACUGGUGCCAGACAUGGCAGUACUGGUUCCCUCGGUACCAAGAUGUCAAGUCUGAUGCAAGUCAUCGCCCGCUUAUCGUUCUCGGUGGUGGCCGAAAUCAGAUGAAGCAGGGCACCACGGAUGAUAGCGUCCUGAACUCGCAAGUGGAGAAGGUGCUGAAAGCGUUUCUGCCUUGGUUCUUCCCGAAGCAGUUUAGAAAGGAGGAUGCAGAAAACGCUCGGGAAAUGCAGUGGCACUUAAGUCUAGGUUGGACCCGCUCAGCCUCUUGGGUAUCUGAAGGCCAGUAUAUCGCUGCUGGCUUCAGUGGGCAUGACAUGCCGCGUACUUUCUCAUGUGCUGAGGCAGUGGCAGACAUGAUCACCGCCAAGAUUCGAGGCGAGGAGUGGACGACCCCGGACUACAUCCUACUUUGCUAG